UGGUGUGCUCGUGGCUUUUGGUGGUACUUUUUCAGGGGUCCUGGAUGGAAACGUUGGUGGUGGAAGCGGUGAUCUGGACAGAUCAGAGGUGAGCGGGCCUGCGAUCCGCGUCCUGCAAAUCGCAAAUCACGUUUUUCAGUGCGCCCUAGUGUGGGCCCCAGGGCCAGUGCGGCCCCAGCAAAUAUUCCAAUGAGAACUUUGGAAACUGAAGUGGGGACAGGUUCCAUGCCAGCCGCAGAUGAACAUGGGUUAACAGCAGAUGAACAUGGGUUAGUCGAGCCCCGCCUCCAAGUUAGACCUGAUUUAACUCCUCUAUUAUUAGGGGGCCGAGGGAAAGGGAAUCUCCCAGAACUCGGGUACGAAAUUAGGGCCUAUUUCGCAGCUGCUUCUGGGCCUGGCCCCGCGGGGAAACUUGGACCUGCUGUCGGGCUGGACUUUCCUGGGCAGCCGCUAAUUUUUCGAGAGAGAAAAAAAAAAGACCUGCAAUCCCUUGGUCUCGUCCAAGUGCCUCCAUGCCCCGUGCGCCUGCAGUACUUGCCAGGGCUGGCGGGCCCAUGUAGCCUGUGCCGCGACAAUCCGCCAUGUGCUGCGGUGCCAUUUUUCUGCCAGGCUUGCCGUCACCUGCGAACCACUAGAGGGCUUGUUUCUGGGCCCUGGAAUCGCAGCCCGAAUUUGUGGAGGAAGUGCUGGCACUUGGUGUUUUUGGCCAUCCGAAUUUUUCUGGGUGUGGCUCCUUUCUUUGCUGGGGGGGGCCACCCACUUUUGCUUGGUGGGUAGGCCAGUAUCGGCCGGGCCGAUCGCCAGUGUUCGCUGAGCGGCUAACCCCAGUGAUUGCACAUAGUUCUUAAACACGUAGAACAUUUUUCUGGACACACCCAGGCUUGCCUAUGAAUUUUUUCAGACGCCUGGGGCAAAGUCCUCGACAAGAAAGCCCAGGGCGUUCGUAGGUCAACACAGAGCCUGCUUUCCAUCAAUCGUUGCUGUAUAUGUGCGGGCUCAUAGUAGCCCACUCACGUCUUCACUAGACCCAUCGAAAUACACACCAAGAGCCGCGAUGCAGCGUACUCCUCUCGAAUCUUAAGUCAAAGGCCUGAUUCCUUCUAUAUUC